AUGCAAAAUGAGCGCUCCGUCUACCUUGCAAUGUGCCAUAGUAAUGCAGUAGUCAUGGCCAUCCUUACGUGUUUUAGUCCAUCUUGGAAAUUGAUCUCAAUGGGUUUAACUGUUAUUGGUGAAGACAGCGUUGAGAAUUAUUUAUUCUCAUUAUUUGGUAAAGUUCCACUUGAAAUUGGCCUAUUAAUUGGACAGAAUUUCGGUCAAAAAGCCUAUAUUGUUUCACCUAUACGAACACCAGAUCCUGAAGAACUAAGUGAUGAACAGAGUGAAGAGCCUAAAAAGGCACAGCCUAAAUCAUUAGAUCAGUUUGACAUCGGUUGGGUAGCCGAGCACGCUAGACAGGUAAAUAGUUCGUUACCUGGAGGAAUAAAGGUUGUAGGUAUCUACGUUUUUGCGUCGCCCGAUGUCAUCCAGUCAGGUAUAAAUGGACGGUUAAAACAGAUACUCAAUGCGGCUUGGAAAGCUAACCGAUUAGAGAUGCAACACGCUACAAGUGUUGUCGACAAUAAAUCUUUAUGUCCAGGAAAUGGAAUCCUUUUAUAUGUUUCUUCAAAUACCAAAAAAAUAUCAUGCAAGAGCUUCGACAUUAAUAAUCCACAUACAUCCGCUCAGCCCACGGAUUGGAAAUGUCAAAAUUUUAUUGGGAGGUGUCAUUAUCUGCGUUGUGCUUUCCUAGCAGAUGCAUCAAUUAUGGUUCGAUCGUCGAGUUCUGGCAAUCUUAGUAACGAAAUCAUGGUGAGUCUAACGAAUGUUAAUAAGCAAUUAACUGCUGCUCAUGCAAUGAUAAACUCCGAAUUAAGAGAGCCUAGUCAAUUGCUUGUUAAUAUCGCCAACGCAACAACGAAGCCCCAGGAAGCGGAUUACAAAUAUGCUAUUAAUAUAAAUGGCGAAAUGGACUGCUUUGCCUAUGUACACAAUAAAGCUACUGUUGCAGAAGCUAUUCAUGUAAUUAUUAAAAAAUAG